UGUGUCUGUACUGCUGCUUAGAAAGUUGCUGUGGGGUCUCGGUGUGGAACUUCAUGACAAACCAAAAUGAAACAAAAAGUUUCUUUCUCUUUGUUUUGAAGAACCCAAAGCAGUCUGUGCUUCCCGAGGUGAGGCCAUGCUCACAUUCAUGGCCUCUGACAGCGAGGAAGAAGUGUGUGACGAGCGGACCUCCCUGAUGUCAGCUGAGAGUCCCUCACCACGUACCUGCCAGGAGGGCAGGCUGGGCCCGGAGGAUGGAGAGAAUACCACCCAGUGGAGAAGCCAGGAUGGCGAGGAAGAUGGCGAGGAGGACCCUGACCGCUAUGUCUGCAGCGGAGUCCCUGGGCGGCCACCAGGUCUGGAGGAAGAACUGACCCUCAAAUAUGGGGCAAAGCACGUGAUCAUGCUGUUUGUGCCUGUCACACUGUGCAUGAUCGUGGUGGUGGCCACCAUCAAGUCUGUGCGUUUCUACACGGAGAAGAAUGGACAGCUCAUCUACACGCCGUUCACUGAGGACACGCCCUCAGUGGGCCAGCGCCUCCUCAACUCUGUACUCAACACCCUCAUCAUGAUCAGUGUCAUCGUGGUCAUGACCAUCUUCCUGGUCGUGCUAUACAAGUACCGCUGCUACAAGUUCAUCCAUGGCUGGCUGAUUAUGUCCUCCCUGAUGUUGCUGUUCCUCUUCACCUAUAUCUAUCUCGGGGAAGUGCUCAAGACCUACAACGUGGCCAUGGACUACCCCACCCUCUUGCUGACCGUCUGGAACUUUGGGGCGGUGGGCAUGGUGUGCAUCCACUGGAAGGGCCCCCUGGUGCUGCAGCAGGCCUACCUCAUCAUGAUCAGCGCGCUCAUGGCCUUGGUCUUCAUCAAGUACCUCCCAGAGUGGUCCGCCUGGGUCAUCCUGGGUGCCAUCUCUGUGUAUGAUCUCGUGGCUGUGCUGUGUCCCAAAGGGCCACUGAGAAUGCUGGUGGAAACUGCCCAGGAGAGGAACGAGCCCAUAUUUCCUGCCUUGAUAUACUCAUCUGCCAUGGUGUGGACGGUGGGCAUGGCAAAGCUGGACCCCUCUCAGGGAGCCCUACAGCUCCCGUAUGAUCCAGAGAUGGAAGAAGACUCCUAUGACAGUUUUGGGGAGCCCUCCUACCCUGAAGUCUUUGAGCCCCCUCUGCCUGGCUACCCAGGGGAGGAGCUGGAGGAAGAGGAGGAAAGGGGCGUGAAGCUCGGCCUGGGAGACUUCAUCUUCUACAGUGUGCUGGUGGGCAAGGCGGCUGCCACGGGCAGCGGGGACUGGAACACCACGCUGGCCUGCUUUGUCGCCAUCCUCAUUGGUUUGUGUCUGACCCUCCUGCUGCUCGCCGUGUUCAAGAAGGCGCUGCCAGCCCUCCCCAUCUCCAUCACAUUCGGGCUCAUCUUCUACUUCUCCACAGACAACCUGGUGCGCCCCUUUAUGGACACCCUGGCCGCCCAUCAGCUCUAUAUCUGAGGGGCAUGUGGGUGCCGUGGCCUGGAAGCCGUAGGAAAUUGUAACUGGAUGCAGUUGUGUAGUUUUCCACUCUAGUGCCAUAGAUUUUUUUAAAACCUUUUUUUCCUUUAAAAAAAAAAAAAGGAAUAAAAAAGUCUUGUGUUUACUUCAUGAAGAGGAAGCUUUUUGGUGCUAGCUGUUUUGUCACCAGACUUCAGUGCACCUCUUCGUGACAGGAAGCACAGCAGGUGUGCCGAGAUGAGUGAGAUUGUGGUGAGGGAGGAGCGUGGAGAAGGAGCCUGUGCGUGUCCCAUGCUCUGGGGUCCUCUGAGGCCUGGAGGAAUGUGCGUCUAUUCAGGACCAGAAGCCUGUGCUCAGGAACGGCCCUGAGCCCCUGUUUGCUCUGGCCGGAGAAGCAAAGCCAAUUCCCUGUAAGGAAUGUCCCCAUUGCUUUGUCUAUGAUGUUGUCAUACUAUUGCCUUUAGAAACCGAGUUCAGUUCUUGUGGCAGCAGUUACUGCUGGGACGUGGACUCAUGUUAUCAAUAAAUCGGUGGAUUCUGUUGGAA